GCGGACAAAAGUCGCCCAAACAUACAACAAAAAAAGAGGAGGAAUAGACGCGGUUGUCUGUUCACUGUAUCACUAGUGUACUCAGUGGCUGACAGGUGUGUCUCUGGUAGACCUAAUGUUUAGCUAGGAGCUUGGCAUCAUACGAUAUCUGAGGUGCAGCUGACAUCACUUUAACACCCCGGGAAAUCCCCGUUUCUAAUCUAGAAUAGAUAAGAAAUAUGCCUAUAUAUACGUUCAACUAACGUAGAAAUCAUAAACUGCCAUCUGGGUGAAUUAUCUGUAAUAAUUCAUUUAUUUACCUUUAACUUAUUUAGCUAAAUUUACAUUUUGCUUUAGUUAUUCUUCCUCAGAAUGCACCCUUUUCAUAUUUUUCGAGUAUUUUUAAUAUUUCGAGCUUUGAUAUCGAGCUCUGCAGCAGAUGUAGAGAGCAUCUGUGCUUAUACCCGACUUGCGUCCAACGGUGAAACUCACUACAGUUUCCUCCGGACGGGCCACCACAGCCCUCACCAUCGUUCCGCCGCCGUGCGCCUCUACCACUCCGUGUGGUCCCCAGACCGCGCGCUGCUCCAGUGCUCCUGGGUGGAGGACGCAGCCGUCACAGAAAACUAUCUAUCCCUGUGCCGAGAGAAAACUAAUGAGUUCUUGGAGAACCACAGUGAGCAUUUAAAUAUCAAUGCAUUGUUUGCAUCAAAUCGAUUAUGUGACGACGUGAACGCACCGUUUGUGGUUAAAGAACGCGCAAGCCGAAGCAGAAAGGCAAGAAGCGUUGGCGCGCUGAGCGAAAGAUCCAAGGCGGCGAGCCACCGGCGCGUGAAGCGCGGGUUUAUUGUACCUGGGACGCUCUGGUGCGGGUCUGGCAACAAAGCACUGUCAUAUGCAGAUUUGGGAACCUUUACGGGGACGGACAGUUGUUGUCGUGAACAUGACCAUUGUCAGGAGACAAUCUUGUCCUUCCAAAACAAAUUCGGCGUCUUCAACACUAAUAUCUUCACCAUGUCUCACUGCGAUUGUGAUAACAGGUUCCACAGUUGCCUAAGGAACGCCAACGACAGCAUAUCCGACGUGGUGGGGAAGGUCUUCUUCAACAUGCUGCAGAUGAACUGCUUUGAGCUCUCCUACACAGUAAUCUGCAUGGAGAGGAACUGGUUCGGCAUGUGUAAAGUGACCCAGACGGUGCUCCAGGCAGAAGUCCACCCUCCCGUCGCCUACGAGCCCCACGCCUCCACGUCCCAAGAGACCGCCACUCAGGAGAACGACGCUCAGGAGAACGACGCUCAGGAGAACGCCACUCAGGAGAACGCCACUCAGGAGAACGCCACUCAGGAGAACGACGAUCAGGAGAACGCCACUCUGGAGAACGCCACUCUGGAGAACGCCACUCUGGAGAACGCCACUCAGGAGAACGCCACUCUGGAGAACGCCACUCUGGAGAACGCCACUCAGGAGAAUGCCACUCUGGCGAACGCCACUCUGGAGAACGCCACUCUGGAGAACGCCACUCUGGAGAACGCCACUCAGGAGAAUGCCACUCUGGAGAACGCCACUCUGGAGAACGCCACUCUGGAGAACGCCACUCUGGAGAACGCCACUCAGGAGAAUGCCACUCUGGAGAACGCCACUCUGGAGAACGCCACUCAACAGAACGCCACUCAACAGAACGCCACUCAACAGAACGCCACUCAGGAGAACGGUACUCAAGAGAAGGCCAUUCUGGAGACCGUGACUCAGGAGAACGCCACUCAAGCGACCCCGACCACGAGCUCGACGCCGCGCGCUGAUCCCCCGGCGAUGACCUCUGACCUCACCUCUGCUAGCGCCGCGGGCCCCGCCCUCAGUGUCGGUGUCUGGGCCACUCAGAUGGAGAGCAGCGUGUCUCCAUCUCCAGGCCAGGAGCUGUCGUGUGAGGCGUACAGAGAGCUGGACCAGUGCAGCAGAGCCAGGAUCCUUCCCAAGCAGAGGAGAUACGGUCUCCUGAACCCGGACACCAGGACCCUGUACCACUGCAGCUGCACAAAAAGAUUGUUUCAGAUUUUAGCCCAUCAGAGGCGGCUGACAGACGUGGACAAAUUUCUCCUGGACAGAAUUUCCCAAUCCUGCUUCCUGAUACCGGACUGUGGGGCGGGCAAGAUAUGUAAAGCCAUUGUACACCGUCCUGCCCUGCCAACAUUGGACAGGACCAUUCCCGGUGGGGAAAUGGACGAUUGGCGCCACCUACAGGCCGUGAGUCUCCGUGUCAGAACCUACAGGGUUAAACGAAAAAACGGAAAAGCGGUCAGACUCAGUACACUGUGCGAUCGGAUAAUCCGAGCCAAAGUACCAAAAACCCGGAGUGACAGCACACAUUGAUGGAUUCAUCUUGAUAGAGACACUGCUACAAUCACUUAUACAUAGUUCAUUUUUUGUAUAUAUUAUAUAUAGUAUUUGUUAUAUAUGAAAUAGUGUGUAUACAUUUGUUAUAUUUGUUAAAAAAAAUGCUCCUUUGUUUCAAUAAAAUACCUGCACAUACCGUAAGCCCAUGUGUCCAUUGAU